CUGAAAUAAUGUUGACUGUAUUUGCCAUCAAGUAUACUAUAUCUAAUAAGAAAUUUUAUUUAUUACAGCCAAAAUCAUCAUAUUUUACAUAAUAUUCUAUGCUGCUCUGGUAUCUUUGUUUGCAAUAUGCAUGGUGACGUUCCUGCAACAGUUCAUAAAUCCUCGUGUGCCACGCCUGCAGCAGGAUUAUAGUGUGAUUGGCACAAGUCCAGGCCUUGGCUUUCGACCACUGCCAGAGGAUGUUCGGAGCACCCUCAUCUAUUAUAAAGGCACUAGUUAUGACAGCUACAAAUAUUGGGAAGACCAGCUUAUUGACUUUCUUUCAGUGUACAAGAAGAAGGGUCAGACAGCAGGAGCAGGUGCAAAUAUUUUUGACUGUGAUUUCAACAAACUGCCGCCUCCAGGCAAAGUGUGCGACGUAGACGUCCGAGACUGGGAGCCAUGCAUCGAGGAGAACCACUUCUCCUUCCAUAAAUCAUCUCCGUGUAUCUUCCUCAAACUCAACAGGAUAUACGGAUGGCGGCCGGAAUACUACAACGACACGUCGCGACUGCCGGAAGACAUGCCGCCCGAACUACAGAUGGAGAUCAGAAAUAUCACCAACUACAAUAGGAAUUAUGCUAACAUGGUAUGGGUGUCAUGUCACGGCGAGACGCCCGCUGACCGGGAGAACAUCGGGCCUGUGAAGUAUCUGCCGUACCCGGGCUUCCCGGGAUACUUCUAUCCGUACGAGAACGCGGAGGGUUACCUCAGUCCACUGGUAGCGGUGCAUCUGGAGAAACCCAAGUGUAAGUACUCAAUAUUACACAGCGUCACUUUUUCUCUAGAUACAUUUAUCAACUACCUCACAGCAAGACUAUUCAAAUCAGUUUUAUUUUAUUAAGUUUAAAUGCCAACACGUUUAAUUAUAACUAUUUAUAACACAAUGUUUUAAAAUUGCAUUUUACAAUAUUCUAUUCUCUUUUUAUUAUAAAAUCUGUUUAUAAUAAAAAGAGAAUUGGUUUAAUAAAUAUGACAUUAAAUUUCAAUUCUUAAAAAUCAUCAUGGUCUCGUAGUCCGG